AUGGCGGUCAAUACGGCGGAAAUGCUACUGACAAAGGAAAAGGAAAAGGGUGCAUCCGAGUACGAGAAGCAAAAAAAGAUUGUAAAUGAUCUGCUUACCAGUGCAGAAAAUGGUGAUUUAGAGAUGCUAACGAAGACGGUCGAGUCCAUGCAGGUGAUGGGUAUCACGGACAUCAAAGAGACACUUAUGGACUUCAAGGACGCACACAAGCGCACAGCUCUGCAUUUUGCAGCGGCUAAAGGACGUCGAAAAGUGAUCAGCUACAUUCUAGAUCGAGUUCCUGAGUGUGUCCAGUGUGUGGAUGAGGAAGGAGCCACGCCGUUGUUGUAUGCGGCCAAAGAGAAUGAGUUUGCAGCUGUGAAGCUGUUGUUGGCAUUCUCAGUAGACCCUAAUAAGGCCAUGAACAAUGGCACGACGGCGUUGCACGAGGCGGCAGCCAAUGGUAGCAUCCGGACGGUUAAGCUGCUAGUAGAGCAUAAGGCGGAUCUCGAAGCAACGACAAAAAAUGGCACAGCGUUGCACUUGGCCGUGAGUGAAGACCGCGAAAAGACGGUGGCCGAGCUGCUGCGUCUUGGUGCCAAGGUGGACGUGAUGAACGCUUGCGGUGUAACUCCGCUGAUGCUAGCCUGCCUCAUGAACAAGCCCGUCGUGGUGAAGGAGCUGCUAGAAGGUGGAGCGACGCUGUCGUUAGCAAUGGCGGGCGGUCUCACGGCGCUGCACAUGGCUGCUGAGACCGGAUUUACUGAAGUGGUGCAAGAGUAUCUCAACUGCCGUCUAGAGGACACGAAAGAGGUAGCGAAUUUGGUUUCGGAUGCUGGUGCGAAGCCACUGCAGCUUGCUGCUGGUAUGGGACACCACGAGAUUGUGACUCUGCUAAGACCUAUCACCAAGAGGUUUGAGGAUGCUGACCUGGACAAGCUGAUGGCUGAGGAGAAAGCCAAGCUGGAUGAGUACUACGAGCAGGCUACGAAGAACAAGCCCCCUGGUGUCUCUGCUGAAGCAAACAAGCUUACUACGUUGGUGGAGAAGUUGGAGGCUGAAACCCAGAGGAAGCUUGCUGAAAUUGAAAAGGAGGAAGACAUUGUUGUUCCCGAAGCCGUUGAGGCGAGCGAAGAGAAGAAGGCUGAAGCCGCCAAGCUCAAGGAUGAGGGCAACAAGGCGUAUCUGACCAAGAACUAUGCAUUAUCCGUCGACCUUUACUCUCAGGCUAUUGCGAUUACGCCCGCAGACGCCGUCCUUUACAGCAACCGUUGUGCGGCGCACUUAGGAGCGGGCGACGCUAAGCUGGCGCUGCACGAUGUGCGUGUGUCGAAGAAGCUGCGCCCCGAGUGGCCCAAGGCGCUUUUUCGCGAGGGGCAGUGCCUAGAGGUACUUGGACUUUUCGAAGAGGCUGCCUGCGCCAUGUGGGCUGCUAUGCAACUUGCCCCUGAUGACAAGCUGUUGAAGCGCCGAUUCCAGGAAUGUGUAAAGCGUGGCCGCUCCGACCACCAAGCAAAGCUCACAACUGCCAAUGCUUAG